AUGGCAUCCUUCAACCCCACCCAAAUCUUUGAUGAUGGCACUACAGAGGAGAAGGGCGAGAAUGCUCGUCUUUCAGCAUUUGUCGGAGCUAUCGCUGUUGGCGACCUGGUAAAAUCUACUCUGGGACCAAAGGGUAUGGAUAAGAUAUUACAGUCUGCUUCAACUGGUGAAAUUUUGGUCACCAACGAUGGUGCUACGAUUCUCAAGGCUAUAGCUCUCGACAACGCUGCCGCAAAGGUCCUCGUGAAUAUCUCGAAGGUUCAAGACGAUGAGGUUGGAGAUGGAACUACUUCUGUUACAGUCUUAGCUGCCGAGCUGCUACGAGAGGCGGAAAAGUUGGUUGACAAGAAAAUCCAUCCCCAAACGAUCAUCGAAGGCUACAGAAUAGCGAGCCACGCCGCUCUGGCAGCCUUAGAAAAGUCUGCCGUUGAUCACAGCAACAACACCGAAGCCUUCAAAAAAGAUCUCCUAGCGAUUGCAAGGACGACCCUGAGCUCCAAAGUCCUGUCGCAAGAUCGGAAUCACUUUGCGGAGUUGGCGUGCGAUGCGGUCUUACGACUGAAAGGUUCUGCGGAUCUCAGCCACAUCCAAAUCAUCAAGAAGGCAGGCGGAAAGCUCAACGACUCCUAUCUGGAUGAGGGGUUUAUUUUGGACAAGAAGAUUGGUGUGAACCAACCGAAACGUCUUGAGAAUGCCAAAAUCCUGGUCGCCAACACGGCUAUGGAUACUGAUAAGAUCAAAAUAUUUGGAGCCCGUGUGAAGGUGGGGUCUACUGGGAAGCUGGCAGAGCUCGAGAAGGCCGAGAAAGACAAGAUGAAGGCGAAGGUCGAUAAGAUCAAGGCACAUGGCAUAAACUGCUUCAUUAACCGACAACUUAUCUACAACUGGCCUGAACAACUCUUCGCAGAUGCUGGAAUUAUGUCAAUCGAGCAUGCAGAUUUCGACGGCAUAGAACGACUAGCAUUGGUGACUGGGGGUGAGAUUACAUCGACAUUUGAUAACCCAGAACAGGUGAAGCUCGGCCACUGUGACCUGAUCGAGGAGGUCAUUAUUGGGGAAGACACUCUCCUCAGAUUUUCUGGGGUUGCAGCUGGUAAAGCUUGUACCAUCGUUCUCAGAGGAGCCACAGAACAACUCCUUGAUGAAUCCGAGAGAUCACUACACGAUGCUCUAGCUGUACUAUCACAAACCGUCAGAGAGCCAAGAACCACAUUAGGAGGUGGAUGUGCCGAGAUGCUGAUGGCCAAGGCUGUUGAGGGUGCCGCAUUGAAGGUAGAUGGAAAGAAACAGAUUGCUGUUGGAGCCUUUGCGAUGGCUCUCCGACAGUUGCCCACCAUCUUGGCAGACAACGCCGGGUAUGACUCCAGCGAUUUAGUUGCCAAGCUUAGAACUGCCAUCUACGAUGGUAUGUCCACUUAUGGACUGGAUUUGCUCACCCCAGGGGGUGGAAUUGCCGAUAUGCGAGAGUUAGGAGUAAUUGAAAGCUACAAGCUGAAGAGAGCUGUGGUCUCAUCUGCCUCCGAGGCAGCAGAGCUUCUUCUCAGAGUAGACAACAUCAUCCGGAGUGCACCAAGGAAAAGAGAGAGGUGA